AUGGACGCCCUUAACGACUGGGUGAUUGUUGAGGAUGUGGACAAGACGCCAUUAACAGUGGACAGCAUUAAUGUGAAUACCGCCAGUGGCGGCAGUGACAGCAACAACAACAACAGCGGAACGAAAGCGGAAGUCAACAAGGAGGGAGCUACAGAAGAAAAAAUUGAGAAACAACCGCGUGACGCGGCAAUACAGCAGUGCGAGGAGCCGCGGAAGUUGAGUGAAAGUUUCAACGCUCUUCAAUCAAGAGAAUCGGGUCAACACUCCCGCGUGGACUACGGCGCCUCGACAACCGAAAAUGACGCGUCGACAGCGACUUCCAGAAUGUUGCUGCGUGACAGGACACGUUUCUGCACCUCCGCCGCGGCGGCCAUUUUUCAGGAAAAACUUGAAGAUGGGGACACACUACCGCUCUCGUUGUCGGUACCUUCACUUGUUGACGCAUCUACCAUGGAGGCGCCCCUGCCUCAAUGGACUGCAGUGUCGGCGGGUUGUGGUCUAACGGCAUCUGUGGGAUCCAUCAAGUACUUCUCUUUUGGUACAAAAAGCAUCUGCAACAACAGUGAUCGAAUGUGGCGCCACAUAGUAAAAGUAUACUUGGCUAUUGUACCCCACAAGCUGCUAGGGAGAAGUCCCAUUGACUAUUGUGUGUGCUUGGUAACAGUGGUGUGCUUGGCGGUCUGGGCCUUAGUGGGAAAAGAGGAGAAACGACACGAAUGCCACAGCUACACUUUUUCCGGUGUUAUCUCUGCUGGAGCAACAUUGGUGCAGGUUGUCAUGGUCGUUGUGGGUCCGUUGCUGUGGUUGUGGGAGAUAUAUACCUCAAAGAACGGCUGUAACACCGACACAACGAAUUCAUAUAAGGUCAAAAGCGAUGAGGUGGAGGCUGAAGAAAAAGUGCUUCAGUAUCGCAGCGUUUCCAAACCACUAAAAUUUAUGCUGAUGACGCUUCUGGAUGUACUCCUCUCCCAGGAGGAGACGGAGGAAAUGGGUGAGAUGAAAGACGGAGGCGAUGGUGAGGCUAACACAGGCAUCACAACAGAAAACACUGACAAAGGGAGAGUUGUAACUUCACCACCACUACAGCUUCGGGUGUGUUCACUGCUGUUGUUGCCUGUCAGUGGAAUUGCUCUGACACAGUGUGUUGUGCUUCAGUGUUGUUGA